CAUUGGAAGCUUCGGAGCACCGGAGCGGGUGGCACAUCUCGCGCCAUGGCGAAGACCGUGGUGGUGGGUGGAGGUAUUGGCGGCUGUGCAGCAGCUCUUGCGCUACACCGGGCUGGCGCCGAUGUGAUCAUCUACGAGGCAGCGCCGGAGCUGAAAGAGCUGGGCGCCGGGAUCAACGUCCAAGCAGUGGCUGUGAGUGUUUUGACCGAUCUGGGCAUUCCGCUGGAGAAGUUCCACGCCCCCUCAGAAGGGGAUGCCAUCUUCACCAGCGCAGUGGAAUACUUCACGGCCGAAGGCUUCUUCAUCUCUUCGGAGAAGGUGGGGCUGGCAGCAGGUGCUUCACAGCCGCAGUUGUCGGCGCACCGCGCCAAGUUCCAUAGCACGUUGUUGGCGGAGUGCCUUCGCGUCCUGGGUCAGGAGAAAGUGAUCCUGAACAGCCGCUUCACACAGCUUGAGAGCUUUGAGGAUCACGUGAUCCUCCACUUCGAAAAGACAACCACCAAAGACCCGAUGCCUCCCGUGCGCUGUGACUUCGCCGUGGGCGCCGAUGGCUUAAAGAGCCGUGUGUGCAGAGCCCUGCUGGGCGAUGGCGCGCCCAGGUACACCGGACGCAUGAUUUAUCGCGGCCUGUGCGAGGUGGAAGCCAUUCACGCCGAUGGUUGUACGGUCUCUCUAUGUGGCCAUGAGAACGGCAACUUCAUUUGCUAUCCAAUUAGCGAAGGGAUGCGCGAAAAGGGCCAGUUCCUUUGCAACUGGGGCCUUUGUGUUUUAAGGACGCACCCCGGUGGAGAAGAGAAGUGGACCUCGGAGGCAACACUGGAGGAGAUUCGAGAGGAGCUUGAGGAGUUUGGUGGAAACCGCUUUGCAGGACUCACACCUCUCCAGCUGGCCGAGAGGACCGAGAAGAUCAUCGGAUGGAGCUUGUUUGACCGGGAUCCCUUGGAGUCCUUUGACUUCGGCUCUGUGACCUUGCUGGGCGACGCCGCCCAUCCCUUGCUGCCCUAUGGCAGCCAAGGGGCCACCCAGGCCAUCAUGGAUGCAGAGGCACUUGGUGUGAGCUACCAGAAUGCCAUGGCCAAAGGCACAGGCAUCCGCGGCUGUGUGAAGGAGUACUCUGAUCUACGGUGCGAAGUCACCGGGAAGGAGAGGACCUAAGCUUUGGUCUCAGGACGCGGAGGGCGAAAAAGGAAGGGCCCAAACGGCCAAGAGGCGCUGUUCUCCAAAGACCUCUUUCAAUAUGCUGGCUGACCAAGACGAAUACAAGCCGAAAUGGCACUCAAAGAGUUGGUUUUUUGGGCCCCGCACUUCAAGAUGUGCGUACGUUGACGUGCGUACCCUGAAAAUUCCAUGAAAACUCCAUAUCUCCGAUAUCUCUCAUCUCGUUGAAUCAAGAAUUCCUCAUUUGGUGUUCACUUCUCCUUUUCUUUGCCGCUCCGGUCACGCGUUCGUUCUCACCUUCGUGAUCCUUCGUUCUCACGUUCGAUCCGCAGAGCUGAGCCGUUCGAUCGUGGUGCUUAAGGGGGUUUGUCACUUCUAUGGUGAAAUCUCCUGGGAUCUUCUGAGGGAUAUUUUCGUCGGUGAAGCGAUUCGUCGAUUUUUUCCAGAGGUGGUCAUUGCCAACCGUGACAUGGGAUCCACUGCCGUGCUACGUGUGGCUGCCGUGGAGACCCAGGGCAUGGCUGUUGAUGAGAAGCGCACCUGGUGUGCUGAGCAUGGCAAGCGCCUCCACGACGAGGUGAUCCAGAAAUACCGCGCCUCGAUGCCAAAGAGCGUUCGAGCCGUGGCAGAGCGGUGAAAGGCUGAGCGGUGAAGGGCUGCGGAUGAGCCAAGUGUGGAUGGACUGACCAACCAUCGCAGGAUGCUGCUUCACCACACUAUAGGUGAAGACAUAAGACGUGAUAUGUGAUAAGGCAUAGUGCAUUUUAAUUGGGAGACACCCAACCAAUGGGUUCGGGUCUAUAUAUUGUCCUUCAAGGAGAUCUAUGUGGGGUGUCUCCCUAAUUUAAUACACACCCAUAUAAUAUAUACAUGACCUACGAAGACCCCCACUAGAGCAAUUCCCUUUCGUAUUUGUGGGCCCAGCUGCACCUACAAAAGCUAUCAAAAAGUUGGUUUUCACAACCUGCCCUUGAUGCAUCAGGCUUCUGUCUCGCUGCUGACUGGAUGACUGGACGGUUGGUGCUCCAAACGCAUGGCAUGUUCAUCAUUCAUCCGUCCGCUCAGCAGCAGAUUUAGUUCAUGAAAUUCAGAAAAAAUGUGAUCCGACC